CCGUCGGCCGGUGCAAAACCAUCCACAUUCUCUACAAAGCAGGACCAGCAAGAGUACCUUUGCAAUUGUCCUCGCAGAGCCACGGACCCUGUUCCCAUUACUCUUCUCAAGCCUAUCUUCGCUGAGUUCGUGGAUGAUUGUCAAAAGUAUGAACCAACUGUCCAUGAUAACGACUUUGUUUUGCAACGUUCGGAAAAGAUGGCCUCCUUUUAUCCCAAUGAGCUCACACAGAUGAAUACAUUCCGGCAAGUGCUCCGGGACUAUGGUAUUAUGCUCAAUGCUUCUAUGGUUGGCUUGACCAGAUGUACAACGGAGGGACAUCUUUUGUCUACCAACGGACAGUUUGUGCUGAUGAUAAUUGAGGGGAAGAACGAGAUCAGAAGUGGCGCUGCUGAACCAUUUAUGGAGGCGAUGCUGUACUACCACAAGUUUAUGGAAGACUCGAAGAUUGAGAUGGCGAGGCUCCGGUCUUUCAUUCCAUGCAUCCAUAUCAUUGUCUUCGGGGCAUGCAUCGGCUUUUCAGGCUCUGUUUUUACUGAAAAAGUCCAGUCCGAUGUCCUGGUCCCUAUCAUUCCUCUGUUUUGGCAUUCAACAGACCUCCAUAUGCAAGUGAUGGCAGCUCGUACUUUCGGGGCUCUCAAAAUUGCCGUCAAGAAACUUACAAAACUAUACUCCUGUCCAAUCCUGUCCCUUGAACCCGAAGAUCCAUAUCUUAAAUGUCCUUACCCUCAGAGUUAUACCAAUUCCACCGGUUUUAUUCAGGAAUUCCGGUAUGAUGAGACUCAAAUCCUCAGGGAUCGACUUAUUUUCUUUGGGGAAACCAUUGGCAAUGCAGCUGGGAGCAAGAUAUGCAUCAAGUUUGUCAGGCACUAUUCCCCUCAGGCUCAUGAAUUCUGUGCCAGCAAGGGGAACACCCCCAAACUUAUCACCUACAAUUCUUUACCCGGCGGCUGGAAUCUGGUGAUUAUGGAUGCCCUUGAUAUUGAUAUUGAUUGCCUUCCACAAUGA